AUGGACGGCGCCAAUCUCAACGCGCCAGUGGACGCAGCUUGUUCUGCCGCUAGCGACGCCAUCUCCAGAACUCUGUCCGUCAUCGGCAAGUUCGUGCGAGAGGUGCGCGAGUCCCGAUCGGAUUUCGACAGCAUAUCAACGGAGCUGCACUCCCUCAAUGGCGUCCUGGACCUACUUGGAUACGACGCGGCGUUCUUAUCUGCCUCUCUAGCGGAGCAUACGCGGGCAGUGCUGGAAACCUGUCUUGCCAUCAUUAACGAGCUUGAGGGUUGCGUAUCUCUGUUAAAUCGCCCGGACGUGCCAAAGGCGGAGAAACGGUCGCGCUGGUUGGCGAGCCGCGACCAUAUCAAUACCUUGCGACGGACGCUCGGCGAAUACAAGCUUGUGUUAGGUCUGGCGGCGGACCUAGUGGGACUCACGAAGUCGCAGGCGAGCAGCGAGAUUGGGGGUGGCCUCUCAGACAACAGGCGCCAGACGCGAUGCGAUGGCGGGGCCCAAGACAACGAACUAGCGAUGGUGACGGCCCAAAUCAUCGAACUGUCUGGCCUCCGGAAGAUCAGCUCGCAGCAGAGUGUGGCGCUCGUAAGGCUUGAACAAUACCUCGAUGCUUUGCGGGCCGAGGCGCAGCCCGAAAGCAGAUCCAGCAUGCCGCCCCAACGUAAUGUCACGCCUGGGGAACACGCAUCUAGCAUUGGGAGCAGAACGUCCAGUCGCACAAGCAGCGCGUUCGGUCCGGUACUUGAUUCCGUCUGGGAGAACCCCCGGGCCGAGGUCCCUUCACCCGUUCCCCCGUCCACCGCAAGCUCCGACACGUCGCAGCGGGAACACCAGUCUGGUAUACUUCGGCGUAGUGGCUCCAAGUUCUCCACCACCUUCCGCGGAUUCGGCCUGCGACGGCCGUCUCUCAGAACCGUGGACGAUGAGCCAGAACCUCAAGCGGAUGCUGUUUUUGGAGUCCCCUUGGUCAAAAGUAUCCAGGUUGCAAAGGGAGUCGCGAGCACCAGACACGGUUCCGGUGGUUCCUCAGCGCGCGCCACCCGGGAAUACCCCCUCAGCGUACUCCGGUGCGUUUACCACAUCCGCGACUGCGGACUAGAGAUUCCUCACAUCUUUGGGCUGAGUGGCGAUCGAGUGCGCCUGGCGCAACUCAAGGAAGUGUUCAAUUCUGCAGACACAAGUUAUGGCAAAGAGUUGGAUUGGAAUCGGUUCACCAUCCACGAAGCUGCCGAUCUGAUUCUUGUGUUUCUUUCUGAGUUGCCGAAGCCCAUCAUCCCCGAGUCUGUCGGCAAGCGUUGGAUCUCCCUUUCCCGCCAGGCCACCAUAGGCGGUGCCCGCCUAGACCAAGGACUCGACUUCUGGGAGGAGGCCAUGAUGGGCAUCCAUGGCGCUGCCCGCGCAUUAUUCAAGCUGCUCGUGGGUUUGUGGGGGGAUAUAGCUGACGCUGCCGACGCCAACAUGAUGACAGCGGAGCGUCUAGCUGGGCGUGUCAUCCGACCCCUGAUGCAUACGGCAGCCGCUCGUCGCGAAACCAGAUUUUCAUGCUCGCCCUUGCGUUUCUGA